UUGCGGUAAUGAACAAAAAGGACUUAGCAGCCUCCGUGUUUGGGUUUACCGUAGUGCAUUUCCACAUACAAAAGUCUUUUACGAACCCCCGAAAACCUCACAUAAUUUGACAGUUGAACCUGGACUGUGGGACUGAGGCGGGAAUAAAGAGCCAACCAUGAUAACAUCGGCCGCUGGAAUUAUUUCACUCCUUGAUGAGGAGGAGCCGCAGCUUAAGGAGUUUGCUCUUCACAAGUUGGACGCUAUUGUGAAUGACUUCUGGGCAGAGAUUUCAGGAUCGGUAGAUAAAAUAGAAGUCCUGUAUGAGGAUGAGAGUUUUUGUAGCAGAGAAUUUGCUGCCCUGGUAGCCUCUAAGGUUUUCUACCACCUCGGAGCCUUUGAAGAAUCUCUGAACUAUGCUCUUGGUGCUGGAGAUCUCUUCAGUGUCACAGAUGACUCGGAAUAUGUGGAGACCAUCAUUGCCAAAUGCAUUGAUCACUAUACCAAGCUGCGGGUGGAGAAUGCUGAGCUGCCAGAAGAUGAGGACAAGAAGAGCAUUGACCCCCGUCUCGAGGGCAUUGUCAACAAGAUGUUUCUGCGUUGCCUAGAUGAUCACAAAUACAAGCAGGCCAUCGGCAUUGCCCUAGAGACCAGGCGUCUUGACAUGUUUGAGAAGACCAUCUUGGAAUCGAAUGAUGUGAGUGGCCUCCUUGCCUACAGCCUGAAGGUGUGCAUGUCCUUGAUGCAGAAUAAGAAGUUCCGUAACGAGGUGCUGCGGGUGCUGGUCAAACUCUACAUGAACUUGGAGAAGCCUGAUUUCAUCAAUGUCUGUCAGUGCCUGAUAUUCUUGGAUGACCCUCAAGCUGUGAGCGACAUCCUGGAGAAGCUGGUGAAAGAGGACAACCUGCUGAUGGCCUACCAGAUCUGCUUUGACCUUUAUGAGAGUGCCAGUCAGCAGUUCCUCUCCUCUGUCAUUCAGAACCUGCAUACCGUCGGAACACCUAUUCCUUCAGUUCCUGGCUCCACAAAUACUGGCACUGUGCCCACACCAGACAAAGACAGUGAUGCAAUGGAGACAGACGACAAGCCUGGCAGCUCACCCACAGGAAAGCCAGCAGAGACAAAAGAUGAGCCUAAAGACCAGAAUGCCAAGAUGAUUAAGAUCCUUAGUGGGGAGAUGGCCAUUGAGCUGCACCUGCAGUUUCUAAUCCGAAAUAACAACACAGACCUAAUGAUUCUCAAAAACACAAAGGAUGCAGUCCGAAAUUCAGUGUGCCACACAGCCACAGUUAUAGCCAACUCGUUCAUGCACACAGGAACCACAAGUGACCAGUUUCUCAGAGAAAACCUAGAGUGGCUAGCAAGAGCCACCAACUGGGCAAAGUUCACAGCCACAGCAAGUCUGGGUGUCAUCCACAAAGGUCACGAGAAAGAAGCACUCCAGUUAAUGGCCACUUACUUGCCCAAAGAUACAUCCCCUGGCUCUGCUUACCAGGAAGGAGGAGGCCUCUACGCUCUGGGACUUAUUCAUGCCAACCAUGGUGGUGACAUCAUUGACUACCUGCUUGGUCAGCUCAAAAAUGCCAGCAAUGAUAUUGUCCGUCAUGGUGGUGCCCUUGGCCUAGGUUUAGCUGCCUUGGGCACAGCCAGACAGGAUGUUUAUGACCUGCUCAAGUCAAACCUGUACCAGGACGAUGCUGUUACUGGUGAAGCUGCAGGGUUGGCUCUGGGUCUGGUCAUGCUUGGCUCCAAGUCAGCUCAGGCCAUAGAGGACAUGGUGGGAUAUGCACAGGAGACGCAGCACGAGAAGAUCUUGCGUGGGUUGGCAGUGGGAAUUGCCCUGGUCAUGUAUGGACGCAUGGAAGAGGCUGAUGCCCUCAUUGAAAGCCUCUGCAGAGACAAGGACCCCAUCCUGCGACGUUCUGGUAUGUACACUGUUGGAAUGGCCUACUGUGGCUCCGGGAACAAUAAGGCCAUCCGACGCUUGCUACAUGUUGCUGUGAGUGAUGUGAACGAUGACGUCAGAAGAGCUGCUGUCGAGUCCAUUGGCUUCAUCUUAUUCAGGACCCCUGAGCAGUGUCCCAGUGUAGUGUCUCUUUUGUCAGAAAGCUACAACCCUCAUGUACGUUGUGGAGCUGCCAUGGCUCUGGGCAUCUGCUGUGCUGGUACUGGUAACAAGGAGGCCAUUAAUCUUCUCGAACCCAUGACAAAUGACCCUGUGAAUUAUGUGAGACAAGGCGCCCUCAUUGCAUCUGCUCUCAUCAUGAUUCAACAGACUGAAGUCACCUGUCCCAAGGUGAACCAGUUCAGGCAGCUUUAUGCGAAAGUGAUCAACGACAAGCAUGAUGAUGUUAUGGCCAAGUUCGGUGCCAUCCUGGCCCAGGGAAUCCUCGAUGCAGGUGGACGCAACGUGACCAUCUCUCUCCAGUCCAGGACAGGUCACACUCACAUGCCAUCAGUGGUCGGCCUGCUGGUCUUCACCCAGUUCUGGUUCUGGUUCCCUCUCUCCCACUUCCUGUCACUGGCCUUUACACCAACAGCUAUAAUUGGCCUCAACAAGGACCUCAAGAUGCCCAAGGUGCAGUACCGUUCUAACUGUAAGCCCUCCACUUUCGCUUAUCCGCCAGCUCUGGAGGUUCCCAAAGAGAAAGAGAAGGAGAAGGUAUCCACUGCUGUUCUCUCCAUCACGGCUAAAGCCAAGAAAAAGGAGAAGGAAAAGAAAGAAAAGGAGGAGGAGAAGAUGGAAGUGGAGGUCCAGGAAGGUGAGAAGGAGAAGAAGGACGAGGAGAAGGAGAAAGAGAAGAAGAAGGAGGCCGAGCCAAACUUCCAGCUCUUGGAGAACCCAGCCAGAGUGAUGCCGGCUCAGCUCAAAGUCCUCAUCAUGCCAGAGACCUGCAGAUACCAGCCCUUCAAACCGCUCCACACAGGAGGGAUCAUCAUCAUGAAGGACACUAGUGAGGAGGAGGAGGAGCUAGUGGAGCCUGUCUCAGCUCAUGGCCCCAAGAUCGAGGAGGAGGAGCAGGAGCCUGAGCCCCCUGAGCCUUUCGAGUACAUCGACGAAUAGAAAAGGCUCUCAAGGCAAAAACAUCAGAAAUACUCAGCAUGUUGAUCCAGCUCCUCCCCUCUGUGCAUCUGUAUCCAUCCAUGUCCCAGCUUCACUUCUUGCUCUUACACAUUUUUUCUUUCUUUUCUAUUCUGGGUUCUCAUUCGCCACACAGGGAAUGUUUUACAUUAUCAUCUUGUAUAAUUUUCAGUCAGUACAAUAAAAAAAAAAAGAUAUA